AUGCCGGAGUUAAUCAUGCCGCCGGAAGCUGUUCGGUUUGUAUGGAGAGUUUCGAGAAAUCCGAGGAAACUGCAAGACGGAUUUCGUGCGGCCAUGUGUAUCACCAUAACUGUAUUACCGGUCUUAAACUCCUCUCUCCCUCUCUCUCUCUCUCUCUCUCUCUCACUCCGGCGAGCGGCUCAGCAAAGUUCAAUGUUGUCCGUUUCAGGAAACAAUAACUUUGUAAUAAUCCCUUAUCCCACUCAGCAAUUCGACCUCGACGAUGCAAUUACGAUGCCGGAAAAUCCUUCUGUAAUCAUCCCCUAUAUCACUCAUCAAUUCGACCUCGACGAAGCAAUAACGAUGCCGGAUAAUCCUCAAUCCAGGCAACAAGCAGUAACCGGUCUGGUUUCCAACAUGCCGACCGUUGAUCAUGCCGGCGGUAGCUGUUCGGUUUGUAUGGAAAGUUUCGGUAAAUCCGAGGAAGCUGCUAGACAAGUUUCGUGCGGCCAUGUGUAUCACCAUAACUGUAUUACCGGUUGGCUUUUGAACGGAAACAGCAAUUCUUGCCCUCUCUGCCGCCGUGAGAUUUCUGGUUGA